AACGCCUGCCGAUUGAUUCCAAAUCUGUCUGUCAGCAGCGCUUCGUCUCGUUUGAAGGAGGAGAUAAUUGCAAGGGUGAAUUCUAAUUCUGAAGGGCACAAAGGCAUCUCCUAUUGUCCCCGUGCCCCUCAUGAAACCAUUUCCUGGGCCCUUUCCAUCUAAACUGAUGACCAAGGAUUCCACUGUAGCUUCAGCUCCUGCUUUCCCCUUUCAGAAGAUGGGCUCCUUCCGGAGGCCCCGGCCACGUUUCAUGAGCUCUCCAGUGCUGAGUGACUUGCCGCGGUUCCUGGCUUCUCGGCAAUCUCUGCAGCUUAGCUCUAACUCCGCAUGGAACAGUGUCCAAACAGCGGUGAUCAAUGUAUUCAAAGGGGGAGGCUUACAGAACAAUGAACUCUACACCCUCAAUGAAAAUGUCAGGCGGCUGUUGAAGAGUGAACUUGGAUCCUUCAUCACAGACUACUUCCAGAACCAGCUCCUUGUGAAAGGCUUGCUGUUCGUAGAGGAGAAGGUUAAACUUUCUGAAGGAGAGAAUCGCAUCCAUGUAUUAUCUGAAAUCUGGGAUCACUUCUUCACAGAAACUCUUCCUACACUUCAGGCUAUAUUUUAUCCUGUUCAGGGUCAAGAAUUGACUAUCCGCCAGAUUGCCUUGCUCGGCUUCCGAGACUUGGUCUUGCUAAGAGUAAAGUUGGACGAGAUUCUUCCUCAGGUCAAAAGCAACCUCCCAACUUCCAUUGUCCAGAUGCUACUGAUUUUACAGGGAGUCCAUGAACCUUCUGGUCCCAGUAAGGCCUUCAUGCAACUGGAGGAGCUUGUUAAACUGGUGGUCUCCCCAUACCUCGGCUUGUGUGAAGAACACUGCUUUCCUGGCAGUACGUGUGCCCUGGAGAGAAGGUAUUCCAGACCCCGCUCCAGACCCAAUGGGCUGAGCUUCGCUUCACACCCUGUGGCAACGCGGCAAGUCAGCGAGACUGCCUUGACCCCCCUGACGGAGCAGGAAGGCGAGGCGUACCUGGAGAAAUGCGGGAGCAUCCGUCGCCACACUGUUGCCAAUGCUCACUCCGAUAUCCAGCUGUUGGCUAUGGCUUCCAUUAUGCACUCAGGGAUGGUGGUGGAAGAGCCUGACAGUGGCGACAAAUGCCUCCUCUUGCAGCCCAGCUUAAACCAUCGGCAGUGUUCCAGUGAGCCCAGUAUAGCAGAUGGACCAGAGGGGCUUGGGACACCUACCAUGCAGGAAGCGACAGAAUUGAACUGUACAUCUGUCUGCUGAAACGCCACA